CCCAGCCAAGACCCCUGGCGAUUGUACGCACCUGUUGCGUACACCAGUACCAAGGAGGUUAAAAUAUCUUUUCAUCGGAAGAUCCAACCUCAUUUUUUUCGGGUAACAUAAUAUUUUUCCCGCAAGGUUGCAUUGUUAUUACCUCCACAUCCAACAAUAAAAGGUUCACCAUGGUGUCGUUCAAGAAUAUUACCGUUUUGUUGGCUGUCCUCCUUCAAGGCGUCAAUGCUGCCGAAAAUUUGAGAGGAGCCAGAAUCUUGGCUGGAGAGCCAGCGCCACCGGAGCCUGAUGCCGAAGACAAUGACCCUCGAGCUGCCGAGCCCACUCUUGAACCUUUUGAUGCCGAAGAGGAGCAAACUCCUGCUCCAGUCUUUUGUACUGCGGAUGUUUAUGAGUGCCCAGAUGGCAGCUUUGUUGGAAGGGUCGCACCAGACUGUGAAUUUGAGGCUUGUCCUGAAACUGAGGAGCCCGUAGAAGAGACGGAGGCCCCUGAGGACCCCCCAGCAGAGCCAGAACUAGUGGCUUGUACUCUAGAAUUGGCAAUUUGCCCAGAUGGCAGUUCCGUCGGAAGGACCGGACCAGACUGUGAAUUUGAGCCUUGUCCUGAGACUGAUGCCCCCGCGACGGAAGAUCCAGAGGUGGUGCCCGAUGUCAUGACGGAUGCCCCGACAGAAGUUAUUGAGCUUGAACUUGGUAUGACAGAUGCUCCAGAAGAUCCAGAAGUUGGAACUGAUGCCCCAACAGAAGUGUCUGUGGAAACCGAAGUUCCAGGAGAGAAUGAUUCUCGGGUUAUUGAGACUCAACAGGAAGACACUGACGGGCCUGCACCAGAAGAAGAAACUUGGCUUCCUGGAACAGAAUAUCCAACCACGGAAGCACCUGGAACGGAGGCUCCCACCAUGUAAAAUGGGGAAGACGAAAAAGUAAGUUUGUUUCACCACAAAGCACCUGACAAGAUGCCUGUCUGAUGAUACGAUCUGCAAAAAAAAGGGUACUAGUAUUGUUUUGGUUCAAGGUCUGCCAGUUUCAUUGUGUCUUCCGCCCUUCCUGUGUAAAAAAACCAAACCUCCGCGUUUGGAGCUUUUGGGAGUGAGUGAGAAGCAGACUGAAACGAACAUCAUCUCGGAUCAAAUCAUUUUGCAAUUGGCUGAUACUAGUUGGUUAGUCAUAGUGUAGUAAUGGUUUAAUAAAGAUCUCCAUUGUUUUGUGUUACAAAUUAAUUGAUCACUUCGUUUCGAGAAAGUGACGGCCUUGUCCUUUGGGAUGCGAAUUUGGAGCUUAGCCAUCAGAGCGGACAAGACGCGAGCUGGAUGCUCAAGUUCGUGUUUCAAUCCAAGACUUCUGCAUCCCACAACACCC